CGGAAGGAACUUAGACAAGACGAACCACAUUGGACUCAUGCGUUCAUGCCGCUGAUGUAACCAGUCUUACAUAAAAUGAUAUGUUUUUAGAUAUUUAGAACGAAAGUGAUUGCCCUCUAUAGUGUUCACCACUGCAUAGGAAAAUGGGAGCAGCUACAUCAACUGAAGCAAGUUCUGCUGUCACUGACCAGUUAACUGGCAAAAAGUCUCCAGCUGUGCCAGCUAGCCAGCCCUCUGUCCAGAGACCACCAGAGGGAUGCCCAAUGCAUAACAAAGUCAACACAAAUAACAAUAACAACAGUGCCAUGCUACCACCACCUGGUCACCCACCAAUGUCCAGUUCCAGUGAGUGUCCAGUACAGCAUGGACAGAGAAGUGCAGAGCCAGUGUAUUACCCCAGUGAGUGCCCAAUGAACAGGGAAAACGAAGGCCCAUUGCCAUCAGGCAUGGGUGAUAUUGACCCCACAAACAUGAUGCCUCCUCCGAACCAAAGGCCGUCUCCAGACCAACCUUUUCCGCUAAGCACUGACAGAGUAGUGUCUUCCAUACCAAAGGGUGGAACAGAAAAUGAAUACUGGGUUUAUCCAUCUCCUCAGAUGUUCUGGAAUGCUAUGCUAAGAAAAGGGUGGAGAUGGAAAAAAGAUGAUAUCAGUGAGGAAGACAUGAAUGGUAUAAUUAGAAUUCACAAUGCCAACAAUGAGCAAGCCUGGUUGGAGGUCCUGAAAUGGGAGGCCUGGCAUGCAAAGGAAUGCUGUGACCCAAAAUUGAAAAGCUUUGGAGGUAAAGCCAAGGACUUUUCUUGGAGAGCAAAGAUAAGGCAUUGGAGAGGAUAUGACCUUCCUUUUGACCGCCAUGACUGGAUUGUAGACCGCUGUGGCAAGGAGGUGAGGUACAUCAUAGACUAUUAUGAUGAAGGACAUGAAGUAGAUCCAGUCACUUAUCAGUUUACCACUUUGGAUGUGCGCCCAGCACCUGACUCUGUCUCAGCUGUGUAUGAUAUUGCCAAAGCCACAGUUUUGAGAAGCUGGUACUCAAUGCCAUCCAUAUUUGGAAGAAGGAGAAACAAGACAAAUGUGGUUGACUCAAGCACCACUGACCAAGGCAUUAGUGGUGACAAUAGUAGUAGAGCUAACUCAAGCAGUAGUGAAGCAUCAUGAACAAUAUUUUGUCUUGGACAGUUGAACAGCUGUUAUAUGAAUGGCAUGUUGAAUGGUACCUCAAAAUACUAAACAGAAUUUUCUCAUGAAUAUUAUAAGUAAAGUGGUGGAGCGUGGACUGUUUCAGAAUGACAAUAUAAAAAUAAGGACCUUAAACAGGACAAAUUGUAAGCAAAAAACAUAAUUGGAAAUUGAUAGUAUUUAGGGUGAUUGUAAAAUGUGUCAGCUUUAUGUACAAGUUACAUGAUUGUUAUACUUUGCUGUGUUGCUGUGCUAAUUUUCAAAGCACGUGUUGGUCAAAUUGAAAAAUGUUAUAAUGUAAAUAGUAUGUGGUGAAACACUUUCAAUAUUUGCUUUGCAAUUCAAUAUUUCCUGUGUAAAAUAAAGCCAAAUGUGAAACUUGACAGUUUUAAAGGACUGGUUUUCAAAAUGAUCAGAUGCUAAUUCUCUAAUUAUAUUGCUUUGAAUUGUGAUCUCUAGUUGGUUCUAUUUUUAUCCAAUACAGUUUGUUGAACUGGAAUGUAUUUGAUUUCCAGUGGCUCAGUGGUAAGCAGGCAAAGAACUUAUUCAGUGACUUGAUAGCAAUUUGCCGUAUUUGCAUAGCAGUAGGAGCAUAAGCCACAAAAGGCAUCCACAAUUUUUAACAGCAGGUUGUCUGUGGGCUUUUUUGACUUCAUGUUUCACAAGGUAUUUCGGUAGGUAGUAAAUUAUUCCGUAGGUUAAUAAACAGUACUUUCUUCAGUAACCCAUUCUUCCAUUUUUAUUACGGACAGUCCCCUGAAGCAUUAUAUCACCUGUAUAACUUAUGAAGGAGAAAUAUUGCAACACUUGGGACAUAUACCCCAUUAACCAAUUCGGGCUAAAAAAUAAAUAAUACUGAUUGUUAUAAUAUUAUCACAAAAUGUCCAAGGAUUUUAUUUGUCUGUAGAUAGAUUAUAACUUAUAUAUAUUUUGCUGAUGACAUAUCAGUGAUUUGGAAGUAAAAGUGUUAUUUUCGAUUUCAUGAUUUUGUGUACUACUUGACAAAUAGGGGCUUUUAAUCAAAUUUUAUCACUAAUGAUGUUAAAUCACACUAAUUUUCACAGGACGUU